CUUACUUUUGACGAAGCAUGGAAUCAGUCAAUCUAUAGUUUCCACUUAAAUUGUUGAAGUCGAGUUUUUUCUCAGUUAUUUUUUAUUAAGAUGAUGCAUCGAGGCCCAAUAAAUUCUUGCUCACGUAAGCCGAACCGAACCUAUGCUUUUCGUAACGUUAAAACUCAGUUUAUCGAAUUUGUAUUAAAACAGUUCAAAAGCCUAACUUGGCUUGGAGAAAAUGAUCAGUAAGAGAAUGGGAAAGCGUGUUCUUGAUGUCAUUCUUAAUAACGAUUUACAAGCUUUGCAGAUGAUUUUAGUCAUUGGGGUACCACUUGACAGCAUCAUAGGCGGAAAAUGUCUAUUAUGCAUAGCCGUGGAACUUGACCGGCCAGAGGUUGUGCAGUAUUUGCUGGGAAAAGGCGCUAACACGAGUAUUGAUUGUUCAGAAGGGAGUCCUGUUUAUAAAGCAGUUAAGGAGUCAAACUUGAAUAUUUUGAGGAUGCUUCUUCAGCAUAAGGGCACUGGCCCGAACCAUGUCUCUUGCCUAAUAACCGCCCUCUACAACGGAGAAGUGGAAACUGUUGAGACUCUUCUUCAGCAUGGCUGGGACGUCAAUGGGCAGAUACCCUCGCAAGGUCGCAGCCCGUAUACCCCAAUCCACGUUCCAUACUGGCACCCGAGGUUGUCUGAGCCGCCCUCCUACAGAUAUCCAUUUGAAAAUAAAGAAGUUCCAACGGAAAACGAUGUCAUUGGUUAUAACAAAUUGAGCGGAGGACGGCCUUUGCAUAUGGCGAUCGUGAGGCGAUUCGGGACCGCCGUGUCUCUGCUGCUCGACUACGGUGCAGAUGUCAACGCUCCAACCGAUAGGGGCUUCACACCUUUACAGCAAGCCGUUAGGGCGUUCUUCCCGAAACAAGGUACUUACUUCUACUUCCACCCUCGCCCUAACGAGACAUGGAAAGCGAGCAACAUAAUCCCAGCCCUUCUCAGCGCCGGCGCCCACGCAAUCUCCGAGGACUUCCGCCAGAACUUCCACCUGGGCUUCUUCCUUCGUGACGAGUCCCCUUUCGUUUUGAGGUCCUUCCUGGCUCAUAAGUUCCCCGAUGUCGUGCCGCCCUCCGACGAAGUGGCCCUCCAGUCUCUUCUCCACGACGCAGGAACCGGCCGCGUCUGUCAAUACACCGACACAGAGAACACCUACCCUCUCCGUUGGUGGCGCAUCACUCGAGACGAGAUCACACUCGCGCAUACGACGUGGUUGGAGGCGGCAGGCACCCUCAUUCUUGGAGGUCGACCCGUGCCCGAACGAAGCGAUCUCAUUGGCCAGUCCUCGAAACUCAUCGUCGAGUUUGCCGAUAAGUGUAGAAAUGAGGUGGAACGCUUGAAGGCCACUUUACUUCCAAUCGAGGAUGAGAUCGACCCCGGCGGCUACUCGGUCUACGUCUUGCUGACCUGCGGCGAUUCGCUGGUCGCGCGACUCGCUCGAAACGCGAUCUUGACGCGGUUCGUGACGUCAGAGGCUUUUGAAAAAGAUUUCCCGAUCUACGGUGGCUGCGUCAGGAUGCGGCUUCGGAAGCGUUACAUCCGGGGCGAGCAUGUGGACGAGAUACUGCGAGUUUAUCGAGCGAAACCGAAUCGUUUGAUGGGGAUACCGGCUGAGGCCUUGGAGCGCGUGUUGCGUCACUUGAGUACGCAGGAGUUGAGAUUGGUCGUGAGAGCUUUUGCGCCCUCAAAGUCGUAGCUCAUUUUCAAGACACGAGUCGGAUCGUUGUUUCCCGCACGAAAGAACGGGACUGCAUUUCGAUGCUGCCAAAUUUCGCCUCGGCAAUGGACCACUAGACAACGUACGAAUUUCAGCAUUCUGAUACAUGUCA